UAGGGAAAACAGCAAUUAGGAUGCGAGUUAUAUUUUAUUACAGAUCGGCCUAGGUGAGAUCGAAAUGACCACUGAAUCCUAUAAAAGGCCACUGGAGCCACCCUCUGAGGAAGGUGGACUCUAGCUUUGCUCCUCUCUGGGAAAGGGUCGCUGGGCUGUGCAGUCGCCAUGUCUUUCCGAUUGUCUAGCGGAUCCAGGCGGUCCUGCUCGCGAGCUGGUUCUGUCAGGCUGUCCCGUGGAGAGGCGAGCUUUGUGGCUGACAACGUGUGUGCUGGGUCCUCGGGAGCAGGAAGCAGCUUUUCUGGUACGCUUGGGGGCGUUUCUUCUGGAGGAAGCUUCUGCAACGGUGGUGGAGGGUCUGGAAGCCACGUUAGCACUGGUUUUCUUGGAAAUGAGUGCAGCCUUCUCUCUGGGAACGAGAAGGUGACCAUGCAGAACCUCAACGACCGCCUGGCCUCUUACCUGGACCACGUGCACGCUCUGGAGCAGGCGAACGCAGACCUAGAGCAGAAGAUCGAGAGCUGGUAUGAGAAGUAUGGGCCUGGCUGUUGUCGGGGACUUGAUCAUGACUGCAGCAGAUACCUGUCAGUCAUUGAAGACCUCAAAAAGCAGAUUGUUUCUGUGACCACAAGUAAUGCCAGCAUCAUUAUACAAAAUGACAAUGCCAGGCUGACUGCUGAUGACUUCAGACUGAAGUAUGAAAACGAGCUUGCCCUGCACCAGAGUGUUGAGGCGGACACCAACGGUCUCCGCAGAGUGUUGGAGGAGCUGGCCCUGGGCACAACAGACCUGGAGAUUCAGUGUGAGACCCUGGGUGAGGAACUGACAUACCUUCAAAAAACUCAUGAGGAGGAAAUGGGAGUCCUGCGACAUGCAUCAGGAGGCAACGUGAAUGUGGAGGUCAAUGCAGCCCCAGGAGUGGACCUAACUGUUAUGCUGAACAACAUGAGGGCUGAGUAUGAGGAACUGACUGAACAGAACCGUAAAGACAUCGAGGCCUGGUUUAAUGAGAAGAGUGCAUCAUUGCAACAGCAGAUUUCAGAUGAUGCAGGAGCAACCACAGCAGCCAGAAAUGAGCUGACAGAACUGAAGCGCAACCUACAAACCCUGGAAAUAGAACUUCAGUCCCUUACGGCUAUGCUCCCUCUUGAAAGAAAAAAAAAUGCACUAACUUAUUCUUAUCUUCACAGAAGGAGCACACCCACGUGUUACAAAGCGAAAGGGUGCAGACCUGGGAAUCAAAUCAAAGACUCAAAAGAAGAAGUGUUUGUCAAAACGGUGGUUGAAGAACUCGAUCAACUUGGCAAUGUGGUUUCACUGAGAGUCCACUCCAUAGAAGAAAAAUCUUCUAAGAUAAGCAACAUUACAAUGGAGCAACGAGUACCUUCUAAAGCAUCAUAAUGAGAAAAGAAAAUCAUUUAAGAAAAUUGUUGCCUUAGCAAAAUUCCAUGGGCCAAACGGAAAUUUUCAUUUCUUAAAAAUAAAAGGACUGAAAUUUGGGUUCCUUCUCCUACUUUGCUCAUGUUUUUUGCAUGUCACCCUUUUUUAAAA